ACUUUCCACGCAGCUUUUCCACACCACAGUAGCAUCUGUCCUCGCAGCUCGCUGCCCCGCGUGCGCUCUCCCUCCCUCCGGCCUCUCUGCUCUUCCCCGUCAGACUCUCCUCUCUCCUUUUAGAGAGAGAGAGAGAGAGGCAGAGCAGAGGGGAGAGAGAGAGAGAAGCGCCAGAGACAGCAGGCACCGCCUCCUGGUUCGUCUCGCCCGUCGCCACCGCCUCCCAGAGCCAACCGGCGGGAUUCCUGGAUGCGACAAGCGAGCCGAGGCGGAGGCCUCUCUUUUCGUAGGAUCGUAGGCUGCUGAAGCAGUAGCCUUGGGGCGCGUGUUCACAGGAGGAAGAAGAAGAGACAAGAACCGUCUCCUCCUCACAGCAAUUGUUCGCAGCGGAGGAGGGGAUCGGCCUCGCCGGGUUCGGCAGUCUCCUGUUUCAGACAAAGGUAAAUGUGCUUUGGGAGCUACAGCAAUGGCGUCGCUGGUACCUGGGAUCCUUCUCAAGCUCCUCCAGCACAUGAACAGCGAUGUCAAGGUCGCGGGCGAGCACCGGUCAUCCCUUCUUCAGGUUAUUAGCAUUGUUCCGGCGCUUGCAGGGAGUGAUCUGUUCACAAACCAGGGGUUCUACCUCAAGGUGUCUGAUUCAUCGCACGCGACUUACGUUACCCUCCCGGAUGAGCAGCAUGAUCUCAUAUUGAGCGACACGAUCCAGCUGGGGCAGUUCAUCCAUGUAGACCGUUUCGAGGCAGCCACUCCGGUGCCGAUCUUGAGGGGGGUCAGGCCAGUUCCAGGCCGGCAUGCUUGUGUCGGCAAUCCGGAAGAUCUUGUGGUGACUAGCUCCUCUAGUUUUCUUGGCAGCAAGAAGGCCCAACCAUCUAUCAACGGUAACGCAAAGGAUGCUUUGUCACUAGAGAAAGAGCAGAGCAAGUUAGAGAAGGUAAAUGCUUCUGUCAAGAACAAUGGGACAGAAAGCAAGAAACCCCAGCUCACCAAGUCAAACUCUUCGCUCUCGAAACAAGCACUCAAUAGCCUUACAGACAAGAAGGACAUAGUUAGCUCAAAGGCAAAAUGUACCACUGCUAGGUCAACACCUUCAUCUCCGACCAGCGUCCAUUCUCUGCCUGCAUCAUUUGAUAGAUUCUCAAAUGACAUGAAACAGAGAGCAAAAACAAAAGGAGCAGAGAAACCAUCACCAUCUAGGCUAUCCUUGUUAGAAAAGGCUGCUUCUGUUUUGAAGGCUACUACAGCAGGGAGAAGGUCCUCCAUAGGUAAUUCUCUUAGUAACACCAUACUGAGCAUUGAAUCAGGACCAAAGGCCUUGAGAAGAAGCUGGGAAGGGAAUGCAGAUGCAAAAGCCAAAGGCAAUUCAGAUUCAAAGCCUGCCAAAGCUGAGAAGAAGUCUGAGAACCGAAGCUCUUCGACUCCCAGACGGAAAUCAGUAGCAGAAGAGAAGUCAUUGCAUAAGGAUGACAGUAAGAUUCAGACUCCACCCAGAAAGAGCUCAGCAAGUGCUCCUGCAGAUGAUGCUGACAAAGUUGUGAAUAAGCAUUCUUCACCUAUAAGGAGGACAUCUGGGGUUUUAAGCAACCCAAAUACCACAAAUCUAGUGAAGGUUGCUGCAAAUAGCAAAAAAUUGACAGAUGCUAACACUUCAUGGACAGCACUCCCUCCAUCACUUGCUAAAUUAGGAAAGGAGCUUUUGAAGUAUAGAGAUGCGGCCCAAAUGGCUGCUGUUGAAGCCAUGCAAGAAGCUUCAGCGGCAGAGAGUCUUCUUCGCUGUUUAAGCUCGUAUGCGGAGGUGAGCUCGUCGGCAGAGGAGCAAAAUCCACAACCAGCCGUCGAGCAGUUCCUUGCUCUGCAUGGAGCUCUCUCCCGGGCCACCGUCGUCACCGAGUCGCUAACCAAGGCCACCGCCACGUCCUCCACCGCGACGUCACCAGACCGAUCGGCAGCCGGCGACGCUUCCACCGCCGACGAGGAGACCCUGGUUGUCGCCGCGGAGCGCCGCCGCCGGGCAGCUUCCUGGGUGGGCGCCGGGCUCGCCACCGACCUCUCGGCAUUCUCCCUCUAUAACCUCAAACCAGCCCCCGCCAACGUCGUCUCCCCGCUCGCCGUCGUGCUUGUCGACGAGUCAGCGAAGCCAGCGGUGGCGGCGGCGAAGGCGUCGCCGCCCGCGAAGUCGCGACUGUCACCGGCAAAGGGGAAGGUGAGGUCGGCUUCCGCAGCCGCCGCCGCGGCCGCUGCUGCUGCGGCGGCGGCUGCAGUGCCUCCGCCGGAGUGGGAGCGGGGAGGCGGCGCGGAGGAGCGGGGCGAGCUGGCGCGGCGGCUCGGAGAGGAAGCCCGGGGGUGGUUCCUGGCGUUCGUGGAACGGUUCCUGGACGCUGACGUCGCGGCGGCCGCGCCGUGGGACCGCGACCGCGCGGCCAGGAUGCUCCCGCAGCUGAAGCGCGUGAACGACUGGCUCAGCGAGAUCGGGAAGCCCUCGGAGAUGCCGCCGCCGCCGCAGCACCCGCCGUCGGAAGCGGAUGGCGAGGCCGCAGCGCCCGCCGCGAACGGCGGUGUGGCAUGCGGCGUGCCGGAGGAGACGAUAGAGCGGCUGAGGAAGAAGAUCUACGAGUACCUCCUGAUCAACGUCGACUCCGCCGCCGCCGUGCUGGGCGGAGGCGAGGCGGCGCCGGCACCGGUGGCUAACGGGAAGAAGGGGUGACGACGUGACGUGCACGUGCCUCGUGGGUCCUAGUUCAAAGCAGGCAGGGCCACGAGCCCACGAAGGGUUGAUCGCCCCGUUAACUUGGCUGGGCCAAAACAUGGGCCGGACUAGAUUCAAAUGUAAAAAUGGGCUGGAUAGAGAUUGGAAUGGUGUUUUGCUAUUUUUGCUUUCUCCGUUUGCUUCAAAAGGUUACAGAAAACUAGAAACGAAAAUGGGUGGUGACUAAGAUGGUAAUGCAGACAGAGAAAAAUGUUUCCUGGCAGCUGAAAGAAGAGGAAGCUUUUUUUUGCGAAUAAGAAGA